AUGCGCCCGCCUCGCAGUUUCUCCCAACACGCCUUCCCCCCAACACGCCUUCCCCCCAACACGCCUUCCCCCCAACACGCCUUCCCCCCAACACGCCUUCCCCCCAACACGCCUUCCCCCAACACGCCUUCCCCCCAACACGCCUUCCCCCCAACACGCCUUCCCCACAACACGCCUUCCCCCCAACACGCCUUCCCCCCAACACGCCUUCCCCCCAACACGCCUUCCCCCCAACACGCCUUCCCCCCAACACGCCUUCCCCUCAAACGCCUUCCCCCCAAACGCCUUCCCCCCAACACGCCUUCCCCCCAACACACCUUCCCCCCAACGCGCCUUCCCCCCAACACGCCUUCCCCCCAACGCGCCUUCCCCCCAACGCGCCUUCCCCCCAACGCGCCUUCCCCCCAACGCGCCUUCUUCCCAGCGUGCCUUUCAUAUGCCAUCCCCCUCAGCCCAGCCCCACGGCAAGCAGCACAUGCUGUGCACAGCGCAGACGUGCACGCCCUCGCCACGCCCUUCUUCCCGCCCCACGUCUGCGCUCCCCCAAACUUCCCGGCCCAACAUGCCUUCCCUAUGCCAUCCCCUCCCCCACCAGCUCCGUGGAAAGCGCCACAUGCUGUGCACAGCCGUGUAUGCUCUCGCCACGCCCUUCGUCCCUUUCCCCCACCGUGCCUGCCUGCCCUGUGCCACCUCCCUCCCCACCAGUCGCGUGGAAAGCGCCACAUGCUGUGCACGGCCGUGUACGCGCUCGCCACGCCCUUCCACCUGGUGGUGCGCGUGCUGCCGCUCGCCCUGCCUCGCCCCAUCACCGUGCUCUGGCCGCCCAUGGGGCCCCUCGAGACCGACUAUGUGCAGCAGCGGGGCGUGGCUGUGUUCCGCCUGCCCCACGGGCUGUGGGGGGCGGUGAAGGCGCUGCUGCAGCUGCUGCCUUUGGCGUCCGACAGCAGUGUGGGGGAGGCGGCUCAAAUGCGCUUUCUGCAGCAACACAUGCAUGCCUCCUUCCACCCCCAUGUGCAUGCCUCCUUCCACCCCCAUGUGUAUGCCUCCUUCCACCCCCAUGUGUAUGCCUCCUUCCACCCCCAUGUGUAUGCCUCCUUCCACCCCCAUGUGUAUGCCUCCUUCCACCCCCAUGUGUAUGCCUCCUUCCACCCCCAUGUGUGUGCCUCCUUCCACCCCCAUGUGUAUGCCUCCUUCCACCCCCAUGUGUAUGCCUCCUUCCACCCCCAUGUGUAUGCCUCCUUCCACCCCCAUGUGUAUGCCUCCUUCCACCCCCAUGUGUAUGCCUCCUUCCACCCCCAUGUGUAUGCCUCCUUCCACCCCCAUGUGUAUGCCUCCUUCCACCCCCAUGUGUAUGCCUCCUUCCACCCCCAUGUGUAUGCCUCCUUCCACCCCCAUGUGUAUGCCUCCUUCCACCCCCAUGUGUAUGCCUCCUUCCACCCCCAUGUGUAUGCCUCCUUCCACCCCCAUGUGUAUGCCUCCUUCCACCCCCAUGUGUAUGCCUCCUUCCACCCCCAUGUGUAUGCCUCCUUCCACCCCCAUGUGUAUGCCUCCUUCCACCCCCAUGUGUAUGCCUCCUUCCACCCCCAUGUGUAUGCCUCCUUCCACCCCCAUGUGUAUGCCUCCUUCCACCCCCAUGUGUAUGCCUCCUUCCACCCCCAUGUGUAUGCCUCCUUCCACCCCCAUGUGUAUGCCUCCCUGCACUGCCACUUGUAUAUGUCACCCCCUUCCUCUCCCUACACACCACCCUUCCCCCCCACCAGGCCGCUAAGCCCUCCACCCGACCUCACCCUCCCCACCGCCACGGCCUUCCUGUCAAGCGGCGAUGUGCUGCUGACGAGCAAGUUCCGCGGGCCGUGGGGUCUCUUUGAGACCAUUGAGAAGUGGGUCACCGGCAGCUAUGCCGCUCAUGCCGCCCUGCUGCUGCGCACUCAUGCCGCGGGGGCGGGUGCGGGUGGGGGAGGUGAUGGGGGUGAUGGGGCUGAGGGAGUGGGGGAGGGGAGGGAGGGGGAGCUCUGGGUUGCAGAGAGCGGGCGGAUCAGCGUGGCGGGGCGGCCGGAGAUUGCGGUGGAGCGGUUUGCAGAGUGGUGGAGGCGGAUGCAGAGGGAUCCGAGUGGGCAGCACGUGGUGGUGCUGCGGCUGGGGGAGGAGGGGCGGCGGCGGUGGGACAAUGGGCGCGCGUGGGCGUUCGUGCGAGCUAUGGAGGGGCGGCAGUUUGGGUAUCACAAUAUCAUGUUCAGCUGGAUCGAUACACCUGCUGGCAACUUCCCUCCGCCCAUCAAUGAGAACACGGUGCGAGGGGGGGGGGGCUGGUGUUUGUGUUUGAGUCAACUGAACGAUGGAGGGGCGGCACUUUGGGUACCACAAGAUCAUGUUCAGCUGGAUUGA